AUGGGCAACAAAAAAGAUGGAUGGUAUUCCAUUGUUAAUUCUGUGGGACAAAUUGCAUUACGGUUCAAUUCCACCUUCUCCUCUCUUAGAAGGAAUUUAAAUGAUGGAGAGAAGCCCUACAAGUGCUUGGAGUGUGGGAAGAGCUUCAGCCAGAGGAAAACCCUGAUCCGCCACCAGAUGAUCCACACUGGGGAAUGGGCCUAUGAGUGUGGGGAAUGUGGGAAGGGCUUCAGCUUCAGCUCCCAACUCAUUAUCCACCAGCGCAUCCACACUGGGGAGAGGCCCUACGAGUGUCCCGAGUGUGGGAAGAGGUUUCAGACGAGCUCCCAUCUCCUCGUGCACCAGCGGAUUCACACAGAUGAGAGGCCCUUCCGCUGCCCCGACUGUGGGGAGGUCUUCAAGCAAAACUCCCACCUUGUCAAGCACCGGCGCAUCCACACUGGGGAGAGGCCCUACAAGUGUCCCCAGUGUGGGAAGAGCUUCUCAGUCAAAUCUAACUUGACCCGACACCAACGGAGGCAUCAGUAA